UGUUUGGCUUAGUCGAAUUACUAAAUUAUGGUUGUUCUAUAUAUUUGUUGUUUUUAGUCGCAGUGAAGUCAGUAACACAAUGUAAAGUGUUUUAAUUUUAAGUCCAUCAGUGUUUAAAAGAUGACGCUAUCUAAUGGGAAGAAACAGGAUGAUGCUUUUUCACUCCCAACAUUCGUCACAGGAAGCGUUAAUAUUUCAUCAAAUUUACUGAGUGAAUGGCAACAGGCUUGCAGAGAUAAAAAAUGGAUGAAUAAAAGAGCAUGCCCUGGCGAAUGUUAUGAACCUACUCAUUUCGAGCAUUUUGCAAAUACCUUCACUCAUGGGAUUAUGAUUGUUCCAAGCAUACUUGCUGGUGAGCUUCUUUUACAAUCUGCAUAUCUUCGUCAUCUGCACAUUGGGUCAUUUGAUCACAACCAAACUCAUUUAAGUGAAAAAUAUGUUUCACAUAGUUUACAUUAUGAAGUCAGUGCCAGAAUAUAUGGAGCGUCUCUAGUGGGAUUAUUCGUUGUUUCUUCAAUUUUCCAUUGGUUAACCUGGUCCAAAUGUGAACAUCCUACUAAAACAAUUAGACUGUCGGAUAAUUGCUGUGGAUCGGCACUCUGGGAGUUUUUUCAUCUCUGUGAUCGAGCAAUUAUUUUCACUUUCAUAUCUGGAUCAUACACCCCUUGGUUGAUGUUAUCUUCAAUACAUCCAAGCCUGGAAUGGCUGAGAUGGGGUAUGUGGUUGUUUGUCCUUCUUGGUAUUCUGUAUUCUUGUCUACUCCUUGAAAAAUACAAACUACUGGAAACGAUUUUAUAUGUUGCUCAGGGACUUUUACCAGCGCUUGCUCUCAGCACCACAACUGAAGGUGAGCAUUUACAAGCUUUAUCAGUCGGGGGAUUCUUCUAUCUAAGCGGAGUAAUCGUCUUCAAGAGUGAUGGCUGGAUUCCAUGUGCUCAUGCAAUAUGGCAUAUGUUUGUUGCUGCCGGGGCUGUAUCUCAUUUCUUCACUUGCUAUAACAUGCUUUAUUAUUUACCAUGAAUGCCAGCCUAUAUUUAUACUUGGUUUAAUUGUCGUCGCUAAUCAAAAGUGAAUUUAUCAUUAUUUUUAUCAAUAUUUUCGUGACUAUUAUGCACUGUUACUUGCCAUUCUGCAUCCAUUUGUUCUGUCCAUUGUACUUAUCUGAGAAUCAUUUUUGUGAAGCUUUAUAUUAUAUUAUAGGCAUGUGGUGUCGCGGUAACUAGUUCACGAGUUGUAUGCACUGUCUCUUCAUAUGUGUCGUACGUCCACAAAAAUUAGAUUGAUAUUACUUAUUGUGUCCCACGUCUGAAUUUCAUCACAGGCAAAUGUUUAGCCACAAGUAUAUAUCAGAAUGAUAUUCCUGAUGAUUCCUUCUUUGUGGCUAUGCCUAUAAGGUUAAUUCGCACAACCUCAGACUAUCGAGGUUUGAAUUAUUGGGAAUUGUGACAUUCAAAGCCACAAACGGAUGAAUUGAGUCCGUUCUUCUUGGCACGUUAGGGAUUUUCCUUCUAAUUACCAGCACGUAGCAAACUUUUUUAUUGACUUUUUUUGCCAUACUGUCAUGAGUUUUAUAGAGCUUGCAGCCACGCUUUUGAUCUUGUUUACCGGUAAUACUAAUAGUCGUUUAAUUUGAGUCGUCCUCCUGACAGUCAUUCAUCAAAUUGUUUUGAGAAAGGUACUUAUUUUCUCUAUUCCAGUGUUCAAUGUGUGGUUUUACUUUUAAGUGUGCAAUUUAAUUAUUUGUUUAAUAAAUAAAUCCGUGGAAUAA